UUCAACCGCCAAACUAAGUUACGUUUUGCGAUGUCACGGUGACGAACUUUCCGCACAGUUUAGCUCCCAGGAACACGGAGAGCCGCCGGGACGUACGACCUGAGAUGAGCCCGAGUCCCGUCCUCCUCGAAGGGAACUCCUGCUGACUCCCGAGCCGCUAGCACCGUGUGGAGAGGAGGACCGACCGCGGAGCAGCCUCAUGUUUUCGUCGAGCCAAGAGGAGCACUGCGCCCCGUCCAAGGACCCGGUGAAGUACGGGGAGCUGGUUGUGCUGGGGUACAAUGGCUCUCUGCCCAAUGGAGAUCGGGGUCGACGGAAAAGCAGAUUUGCGCUAUUAAGGAGGACCAAAGCCAACGGUGUUAAGCCGAGCACUGUGCACAUCCUCAACACACCCCAGGCCAGUAAGGCUGUGAACUGUAAAGGCCAACACAGCAUCUCCUACACACUGUCCAGGAGCCAGACGGUAGUGGUGGAGUACUGCCAUGAUAAAGACACAGACAUGUUUCAGAUUGGGCGUUCCACAGAAAGUCCCAUAGACUUUGUGGUGACUGACACAGUAGCAGGAGGCCAGGAGGGAGAGGAGACUCCCAUCACUCAGAGCACCAUCUCCCGCUUCGCCUGCCGAGUCGUCUGUGAGCGCCUCCCUCCCUUCACUGCCCGCAUCUAUGCAGCCGGGUUCGACUCCUCCAAAAACAUCUUCCUUGGGGAGAAAGCUGCUAAAUGGAAAAACCCUGACGGUCACAUGGACGGCCUAACAACCAAUGGCGUGCUGGUAAUGCACCCCAAGGGUGGAUUCACAGAAGAGUCCAAACCCGGCGUAUGGAGAGAGAUCUCUGUUGGUGGGGACGUUUACACACUGAGAGAGACCCGCUCAGCACAGACCCCCGGCAAACUGGUGGAGAAUGAGAGUAAUACACUGCAGGACGGCUCCCUGGUGGAUCUAUGUGGAGCUACUUUGCUGUGGCGCACAGCAGAGGGCCUCUUCCACACUCCCACCCAAAAACACCUGGAGGCUCUGAGGCAGGAGAUCAACGCCGGGCGGCCCCAGUGUCCCGUAGGCCUCAACACACUCGCCUUCCCCAGCAUGCAGCGCAGCCGGGCCCUCUCCUCCCUGGAGGACAAGCAACCUUGGGUGUAUCUGGCGUGUGGCCACGUGCACGGCUACCACAACUGGGGCCACCGUUCAGAGCACGACGCCAGCCCCACGCGGGAAUGUCCCAUGUGCCGGGUGGUGGGGCCGUAUGUACCACUGUGGCUGGGCUGCGAAGCGGCCUUCUACGUGGACACAGGUGCCCCCACGCAUGCCUUCGUACCAUGUGGACACGUGUGUUCAGAGAAGUCCGUCAAGUACUGGGCGGAGAUCCCUCUGCCUCACGGCACCCACGCUUUCCACGCCGCCUGCCCCUUCUGUGCUACACAGCUCAACCUUACUCAAGGCUGUCUCAAGCUAAUCUUCCAGGGCCCAGUGGACUGAGCGGAAGGGUCCUGCUCUGGCAGAAGAGAUUAGAUGGGAUUGCCAACAUGCUGUGAAACUGUUCAGAUUAUUUUGUGCUUUCUUUUGUUCAUGUAAACCAGCUGUGGGUAGGAGUAAGUCUCGAAACCUCUGGUCAUAUACUGUGGAUUCUGCACAACAGAGAGCCACUACUCAUUGUUCCGGGCCUCUUGGGGCAGUUUGGAUGGCCACUGUGGGAUACAGAGAUGUGGAGCACAUUGGACUACAGAUCCCUGGCUUUGCCGGACUGAAAUACUGUUUUCAGCUGUCCUGCCAACCAACUGCUUUAAAUAUGGCUCCAGCACUGGGCUUUUUAAACUACAAUGCCUGCUGGUUUUCCAUCAGAGGGCAGUAGGAUUAAGGUUGUAGAAGGAAUGAAUCGUUUUUACUCAUGAAUCAGACUCAACCAGAUAAUAGCAAGCAGGGGUAGUUGGGGAAGGAAGGAUUUAAAGGCUAGUUCCUGAAGAGUCUGAGACACAGUUUUUACAAAGCCAGACAGCUGGACUGUUGGCUGGGAGAAACACCAGGAGAAGUUUGGGGCCUAAUUCUAAUGGAUGACUAAUCAAUUGCUCCCCAUCGACCUCUCAGCCUUAACCCCUGAUUCUAAUCAUGUAACUCCAGAGGUGGCUUCCAUUUAAUCAACUAACUUUGAGAGGGGGGGUAUUUGUCAUUUAACAGUGAGGAUAUUUUUUCAUAAAUGAGAAAAUGUAUUUUAUUGAGGGCAAAGAAAGAUGUCAUUUUUCAGACAAAAUAAAAUGACAACCCAC